AUGGCAACGGGCACACCACCAGCGGAUUCUGCAGUCCAGCAGAAUCCAAGCUGCCAUGGGUGCUGGGACGCCUUGCCACUCCACAUUCUAGACAAUGUGAAACUGCAGCUGGAGCAGUCAGAAAUAUGUGACUACAUGCCUUACCAGCCAAUGAAGAAUCUGCGGUUGGUCAGUCGACGCUGGUGUGCCUGGGCCACAGGAGCCAUCACCUGUUUGAUUCUGCCACCAGCAGCUUGGGAUUCAGCAACAACAUUCAGCGACUUUGAAUACGGCAUGGGUGAUGUGUCUAGUAUGUUGGCGUGGAAUGACUCUGGUGCCCUUGACGACUCGGAAGUCGACCCAGGUACAGUCAGCAUGGGGCUUGCCCUGGCAUCAUUCACAGCUCUCAAGGAACUGAGCUUUGCUGGCCGCAACAGGACCUCAGACGACUGCCUGAGGCACCUGGGAGCAUUGAGCUCCCUAACCAAACUUGAUCUGUGUGGGUGUGGCAGAGUCACGAACGAGGGCUUGACGUUCCUGGGGGCGCUGACUAGGCUAACACACCUUAAUUUGGGGCGUUGCCGCAAGAUAGGAGACAGUGGUCUGGGCUACAUCGCAGGCCUGCCAUCCCUUGCCAAGCUCAAUCUCUUUGGCUGUUUGGGUGUGACAGAUGGAGGCUUGAACUAUUUGGGGACUAUUACGUCACUCACAAAACUCAGUUUGAACAACUGCAGUGCUAUAACACAGGAAGGCAUGGUGUGCCUGGCAAGGCUGACAUCUCUCACAUAUCUGGACUUGGCCUGGUGCGGGAGAAUCAGUGCUGGUGCUAUCAACAGCCUGUCGCCGCUUGUGUCUCUGGUGGAGCUCAACUGCUGUGGCUGCGGGCAGAUCACAGAUAGCUGUGUGAGACCCCUGGCAGCCCUUGCCUCUUUGACCCAUCUGAAUUUGAGUUACUGCCCCCUGUCAGACGACAGUGUUGGACUAUUGCGAUCGUUGCUGCCAGCCCUGGUGCACAUCAGAAGGGACUGGAUCCCUGGUUAUGCUUGUGGCAAUUACUGGUUGAGUGAGAUAAAUUCCGACCCUUGGUGUGACUGA